CCCAAUGCAUCGCUCUCCCAGCGGCUCAAGCACCUCAUCAAGUCCUACGGCUGGUACGCGCUCGGGGUCUACAUCAUCCUGUCCGCCGUCGACUUCACCGUCGCCUUCGCCGCGGUGAACGUGCUCGGCGCCGAGCACGUCUCCCGCGUCGCUGCCGACGUCAAGGGCUACUUCACCUCCCUCAUCCACACCACCCCUCCCGAGCCUGGCCGCCAGGAGAUGGAGCCCGUGUCCGCGGGCGGGACCGGCCACGAGGGCCUCAUGGCGAUGAUCGUCAUCGCGUACACGAUCCACAAGACCCUCUUCCUCCCCGUGCGGAUAGGUCUCACCGCGGCCGUCACCCCGCGCCUCGUCCACUGGCUCCGCGCGCGCGGCUGGGCGGGGAGCUCCGGUGCAAGGCGGGCGGCGCAGGAAGUCCGGGAGAAAAUCCGAGAGAGGAGAGACAGGGAUUGA